AUGAGUCACAUCAUCGACCCUUCCCACAGAAACCCCCCGGCCAACCGUCGGGCGGUUGGGGACCAGUUCAGCACAACCCAACCUAGCGUUGCCCAGCACCUCGGUCACCAGACAAAGCCCACAAAGUCCAAGGUUAACACCAAAUCACCCGAGUAUAUCGCCAACUACAAGGAGAUGCUCGAGAUGGUCGACCAGCUCAACGAGCGUCUCCAGGAGGCCACCUUCCAGGGUGCCGAUCGUCUCCUGGCUAUCCACCACAAACGUGGCUCUAUCCUCGCCCGUGAUCGCCUCGAGCUGCUGUUGGAUGACGAUUCCCCAUUCCUGGAGUUGUGCCCUCUGGCUGGUUAUGGCCAAGACGAUAUGACCAUCGGUGGUUCCCAAGUCGCUGGUAUCGGUCUCGUCUGCGGUAUCGAGUGCAUGGUCUCCGCUAACGUUCCCACUCUCCAGGGUGGUGCCUCCAACGCCGCCACCCUCGCUCGUGGCGAGCGUCUCGGUCGCAUCGCCUGGGAGAACCGUCUCCCCCAUAUCCAGCUCGUUCAAUCUGCCGGAGCAAACCUUGCGCAGCAGUCCCGCGUGUUCCACCCUGGUGGGGGUGUGUUCCGUCACUUGGCCGAGAGAUCCAAGGCUGGUCUUCCUUCCGUCGCUGUUGUCUUUGGAAACUCGACUGCAGGAGGCGCCUAUAUCCCCGGUAUGAGUGACUACAGCAUCAUGGUCAAGGGUAAAGCCCAGGUCUUCUUGGGCGGUCCACCAUUGGUCAAGAUGGCUACAGGAGAGAUCUCGGAUGCGGAGUCCCUUGGAGGAGCCGAUAUGCACAGUCGCAAAUCUGGGGUGUCUGAUCAGUUAGCGAUGGACGAGUACCAUGCCAUUGCUAUGGCCCGUGAGUUUGUCUCUGGACUCAACUGGACCAAGCAAGGCCAGUUGCCCAUCCGUCACUUGAAGGGUUUCUUUGACCAGCCUCUCUACGACCCCGAUGAGAUUCUGGGAAUUGUCAGCGCCAACAUCCGUAUUCCAUUCGAUGCUGUCGAGGUCAUUAUCCGCUUGGUCGAUGGAUCGCGCUUCACACAGUUCAAGCCCUUGUAUGGCCCCAACUUGAUCUGCGGCUGGGCUACCAUCCACGGUAUUCCUGUCGGUAUUCUUGCCAACAACAACGUUCUUUUCCCUCCCGAGGCCAACAAGGCGACCCAGUUCAUCCAACUCUGCAACAUGCGCGACACACCCAUCUUGUACCUCCACAACAUUACCGGGUUCAUGGUUGGCAAAAAGUAUGAGGAGGAGGGCAUCAUCAAGGCAGGUUCGCGCUUCAUCAACGCCGUCUCGAACUCGCAGGUACCCUGCAUUACGAUUGUGAUGGGAGCCAGUUACGGAGCUGGAAACUACGCGAUGGCAGGACGCGCCUAUAACCCUCGUUUCCUGUUCUCGUGGCCCAACAGUAAAUGCUCUGUUAUGGGUGCGGAGCAGUUGACGGGAGUGCUCGAUAUUGUGAUGCGUGACUCUGCCAAGAAAUCUGGCAGGGUGAUUGAUGAGGAGAUGGCCAAGGCGUCAAUGGAUAUGUUCCAGGCUAUGGUUGAGAGUGAGUCAGAUGUUUACUGGACCAGCUCCCGAUGCAUUGACGACGGUGUCAUUGACCCCCGCGAGACCCGCACCAUUCUUGGCUUCUGUCUAUCGGUCUGCUACAACACCGAGGUCAAGGGCGGCAACCUCUAUGGUGUCUCUCGCAUGUAG